AGGCGGUCAGCAAAAAGCGGAUAGCAAUGUCCGCUUCACCAGCGCUUAUCUGUCGCGUCUGCAGUGAUCGUAGCUCCGGCAAGCACUACGGUACGGUUUGCUGCGACGGAUGCUCCUGCUUUUUCAAGCGAAGCAUCCGCAAACGUGCCGUGUACUCGUGCAUCUCCGGCCAGGGUGGAUGCUCGGUGGACAAGGCACGGCGCAACUGGUGUCCGUUCUGUCGGCUGCAGAAAUGUUUCCUGGUGGGCAUGAAUGCCGCAGCCGUGCAGCAAGAACGGGGCCCGAGAAAGGGACGGAAAAUGGUGCCACCCCAAAAAGUGCAGCCUAGGAGGGUGGCACUGAGCGGUGGAAGUCGGGGGAGGAAAGUGUCGCCAGGAGGAGGAAAUGGAGACGGGCUGUCGGUGCAGAUUCUAUCCCAGGUGCUGAUGGCGUGCAUCCGGCAAGUGCGUCAUAACGAGCACUUUGCCAUCUUUGGCCGGGCGCAGCAGAACGAGAUCCUGCGGCACGUGUGGUACGAAUGCUUUCUGCUUCGGGUAGCCAACUGGUCCAUCGAUAUCUCGUCACUGGUCGAACGCUGCUGUGACGGCCAUCUCCGGUCGGUGAUGGAGGACAUCAAGGCUUUGCGGGUGGAUCUUAUCGAACUAUCGCUGCUCGAGACGCUGAUACUGUGUCGGAAAGGUUUGUUUUGUGGUGAAGACCCGCAAUCGAUCGAACUCUCCUGCUAACGACUCCUUCCCAUUCCCCGUCGUUUUUCCAUGCUGCACAACACACACACACACACA